AUGAGUUACCAAAAUAUUGACAAUCUGCAAGGUGCGUUCCAGCACGGUGUUAACCUGGGGUCCUCCCCCGGUGCAGUCUCGACUUCACCAACGCAGUCGUUCAUGAACACUCUGCCAAGAAGACUCAGUGUCUCAAAGCAGCAGAAGGUCCUAAAACCUUUCUCUACUGGGGAUAUCAAGAUUUUACUCCUAGAGAACGUUAACAAGACUGCAAUCGCUACGUUCAAGGAUCAAGGUUACCAAGUGGACUUCCACAAGGGUGCCCUGCCAGAGGAGGAACUGAUAGAAAAAAUCAAGGACGUUCAUGCAAUUGGGAUCAGAUCGAAGACGAAACUUACAGCAAACGUCCUGAAACAUGCAAAGAACUUGGAGGUCAUUGGGUGCUUCUGUAUUGGGACUAACCAGGUCGAUUUAGAGUACGCUGCCUCCAGGGGGAUCGCAGUGUUCAACUCCCCAUUCUCUAACUCGAGAUCCGUCGCUGAAUUGGUCAUCGCGGAAAUUAUCAGUCUCGCAAGACAACUGGGCGACAGAUCCAUUGAAUUGCACACGGGUACUUGGAACAAAGUCUCCGCUAAAUGCUGGGAAGUAAGGGGCAAGACGCUGGGGAUCAUAGGGUACGGUCACAUCGGGUCCCAAUUGUCCGUCCUGGCGGAGUCCAUGGGGCUGCACGUUAUCUACUACGAUAUCGUCACCAUUAUGGCCCUGGGGACCGCAAAACAGGUCCCCACGUUGAACGAACUGCUCAACAAGGCCGACUUCGUCUCCUUGCAUGUCCCAGAGACUCCAGAGACGAAAAACAUGAUCUCAGCACCACAGUUCGCGUCCAUGAAGGACGGUGCCUACAUCAUUAACGCCUCCAGAGGUACCGUUGUCGACAUUGCGUCCCUUGUCGCGGCCAUGAAGGCUAAGAAGAUCGCAGGUGCCGCCUUGGACGUGUAUCCAAACGAGCCAGCCAAAAACGGCGCAGGGUCCUUCAGCAACGAGUUGAACAGCUGGACCAACGACCUCGUCUCCUUGACAAACGUUAUCCUGACCCCACACAUCGGUGGGUCCACCGAGGAGGCACAGAGCUCCAUCGGGAUCGAAGUCUCCGACGCUUUGAGUAAGUACAUUAACGAGGGUAACACGGUCGGCGCUGUCAACUUCCCAGAAGUCAGUUUAAAGGCAUUGGACUACGACCAAGAAAACACUGUGCGUGUCCUGUACAUCCACAAGAACGUCCCAGGUGUCUUGAAAGUCGUCAACAACAUCUUGUCCAACCACAACAUCGAAAAACAAUAUUCUGACUCGAGGGGGGAAAUCGCUUACUUGAUGGCAGACAUCUCCUCCGUCAACCAAAGCGAUAUCAAGGAAAUAUACGAAGAUUUGAACAAAACGGACGCUAAGAUCUCUAUUAGACUGCUGUACUGA